AGAGUUGGGGGGGGGGUCCCGUGUGCCAGGAGCCGGUAUUAUUGUGAGAAGGGGCAGACUGUGCUAACAUUGUAACUCUCGCGAUACGUUACCAUAGCGACGGAACGCCGGGAGAGCCAUAAGGAGCGGAGGCCUGUGAGAGAGAGAGCUGCAGGUUGAGCUAUAUUUUCCUAUACUGGAGAAUCUGAAGUUAUUUUCUUCCAUUUUAUACAGAGCAAAAUGAGACUAAAGACUUCAUUAUUAAAAGAACCAAAACAUAAGGAACUGGUUAGCUGUGUAGGCUGGACCUCUGCCGAUGAGCUGUAUUCCUGCAGUGAUGACCACCAGGUUAUGAAAUGGAACUUAUUAAAUGGCGAGACAGCUUUGAUGGUAAAACUCCUAGAUGACACAUAUCCUAUUGACAUUCAUUGGUACCCCAAAAAUGGGGGCAACAAGAAGCAAGGGCAGUCCGAUAUGUUUGCUCUCACAAGUUCUGAUGGAAAGUUCCACCUGAUUUCUAAGUUGGGCAAAGUGGAGAAAAGCGUGGAGGCUCAUUCUGGAGCAGUUCUUGCUUGCCGCUGGAAUUAUGAUGGAACAGCCCUGGUUACAGUUGGUGAAGAUGGACACAUAAAGAUAUGGUCAAAGAGUGGGAUGCUGAGAUCCACGUUGGCUCAGAAUGGUGUGCCAGUGUACUCAGUUGCCUGGGGUCCUGAUUCUGAAAGAGUUCUGUACUGCCUAGGAAAACAGCUGAUAAUUAAACCACUGCAGCCAAGUUCCAAAGUCUUACAGUGGAAAGCUCACGAUGGUGUCAUUUUAAAGGUUGACUGGAAUGCUGUCAGUGACCUCAUUCUAUCUGCUGGAGAGGACUGCAAAUAUAAGGUUUGGGACAGCUAUGGGCGCCUACUGUACAGCUCACCAGCCCAUGAGUAUCCAAUAACAUCUGUUUCCUGGGCACCUGAUGGAGAUUUGUUUGCUGUGGGUUCUUUUCAUACACUUCGUCUAUGUGAUAAAACUGGGUGGUCUUAUGCCUUGGAAAAACCAAAUACGGGCAGUAUCUUCAGCAUUGCUUGGUCUAUAGAUGGAACGCAGAUUGCCGGGGCUUGUGGAAACGGCCAUGUUAUCUUUGCUCAUGUUAUUGAACAACAUUGGGAAUGGAAGAAUUUUGAAGUAACUUUGAUCAAAAGACGUGCUAUGCAGGUCCGCAAUGUAAUUAACGAUGCUGUAGAUUUGCUGGAAUUCCGUGACAGAGUCAUUAAGGCAUCUUUGAAGUAUGGGCAUCUAGUUGUUUCUACCUCUCUUCAGUGUUAUGUAUUUAGCACAAAGAACUGGAACACACCCCUCAUUUUUGACCUCAAGGAAGGAACUGUGAGCUUGAUCUUGCAAUGUGAAAGGCAUUUCCUCCUGGUGGAUGGUGGCAGUUUGUUUUUAUACUCCUAUGAAGGUCGUCUCAUCUCCUCUCCGAAGGUUCCCACUAUGAGAACAGAUAUUCUCAAUGCACAAACUGUGUCUUUGAGCAAUGAUACCAUUGCUAUAAAUGACAAAACAGAUGAAAAAUUAAUCUUCCUAUUUGAUGCUUUAUCGGGGAAGCCACUGGGAGAUGGGAAACCUCUUGCACAUAAGAUUGAAGUUGUAGAGAUUGCUCUGGACCAAGGAGGGCUGGCCAAUGAAAGGAAAGUUGCUUUUAUUGAUAAAAAUCGAGAUCUCUACAUAAGUCCAGUUAGGAAGUUUGGAAAGGAACUGAGAGCUGUCAAAAUUGGUAGUAUGGUACAUACUGUAGCCUGGAGUGACGUAUCUAACAUAUUAUGUGGAAUUCAGGACAGUCGUUUCACAGUCUGGUACUAUCCCAAUGCAGCUUAUGUAGAUAAAGAAUUGUUGCCAAAAACAGCUAUUGAAAUGGAUGGAAGCGAGUAUAGUAAAAGUCCUCAGAUUGUGAGUUUUGUUGGGAACACAGUGACAAUCCGAAGAAGUGACGGCUCACUUGUCCACACUAAUAUCUCCCCGUAUCCAGCAAUUAUUCAUGACUAUGUCAGUGCUUCAAAGUGGAACGAGGCUGUGAGGCUCUGUCGUUUUGUCAAGGAGCAGUCAACAUGGGCUUGUCUGGCGGCAAUGGCUAUUGCAAACAAGGAGAUGACAACAGCCGAGAUUGCAUAUGCAGCAAUUGGGGAAAUUGACAAAGUUCAGUACAUAAAUUCAAUUAAAGAUUUGCCAUCAAAAGAUUCCAGAUUGGCUCACAUCCAGCUGUUUAGUGGGAACUUUCAAGAAGCUGAGGCCAUUAUCCUGCAGGCUGGCCUGGUUUACCAAGCCAUACAGCUCAACAUUGACUCCUACAACUGGGAGAGGGCCCUGGAGUUAGCAGUUAAACACAAGACACAUGUGGAUACGGUCUUGGCUUAUCGGCAAAAGUAUUUGGAAGACUUCAAUAAAAAAGAAACGAACAAGAGAUUUCUGCAGUAUGCAGAAGGCGUUGAAGUUGACUGGGACAAAAUCAGAGCCAAAAUUGAGUUGGAACUUGUGAAGGAGAGAGAGAGCGCCUUCACUGGCCCUACCACCAGGAGCAGCAUUUCUGUGCAACGCUGAAAGAAGCAUUUCGAUUUCUUUUUAAAAUGAGCAUAAUGUAUGAACAGUGGCUUUUCCUAUCAAUAAAGUAUAUAAAUGUAUUUAAUAAUAGGACAUAUGGGGGUCAUUCCGAGUUGUUCGCUCGCUAGCAGGUUUUAGCAGCAUUGCACACGCUAGGCCGCCGCCCUCUGGGAGUGUAUCUUAGCUUAGCAGAAUUGCGAAUAGAAAUUUCUUAGCAGUUUCUGAGUAGCUCGAGACUUACUCCUACACUGCGAUCAGCUCAGCCCGUUUCGUUCCUGGUUUGACGUCACAAACACGCCCUGCGUUCGGCCAGCCACUCCCCCGUUUCUCCAGACACUCCAGCGUUUUAAUCUGGCAUGCCUGCGUUUUUCCGCACACUCCCAGAAAACGGUCAGUUUCCGCCCAGAAACACCCACUUCCUGUCAAUCACACUCCGAUCACUUCAACGAUGGAAAUUCUUUGUUCGGACGUGAGUAAAUCUACUAAGUUUUGUGCUAAAAUACUUAGCGCAUGCGCACUGCGUACCAUGCACAUGCGCAUUUUCGCCUUAAUCGCUCCGUUGCGAAAAUCGGCAACGAGCGAACAACUCGGAAUGACCCCCAUUGUUCACAAAUGUGCAACCAAAUAAAUUUUUGUCAUUUUUGUACAGUUUUGAAAAUGAAAGUAAAUAUUUAGUUACCAUU